AUGGAUGAUGAUAAAAAUGACUACAACCCGGAGGAGGAAGUUACUACAGGAAAUUGGAAUACCCCCAAGAUCGAAUUAAAAGAAGUGGAAAUAAAGACAGGUGAAGAAGAUGAAAGUUUGUUUUGGUCAGGUAGAUCAAAAUUGUAUAGAUGGGUAGAAGGUGAGUGGAAAGAAAGGGGAUUAGGAGAAUCAAAAUUAUUGUUACAUAAGAAAAAGGGAAUAAUAAGAUUUCUUUUAAGACAAGAAAAAACUUUAAAAGUAGUGGCUAACCAUUAUAUAUAUCCAAACGAAUCGUACUGUAAGCUUGUACCUAAUGCAGGAAGUGAAAAAAUUUAUGCAUGGACGGUUAAAGAUUUUGCAGAAGAACCCAAAAUUGAACAAUUUGCUUUAAAAUUUAACACAGCAGAAGCAGCAAAAUUGUUUAAGCAGAAAUUUGAUGAAGCUGGAAAAGUUAAUCUAAAACUUUUAGAUGAUAAAGGACAAUUAAAGGCAAAGGUGGAAAAAGAAAAUGACGAAGACAAAAAAGAACAAGAAAAAGAAAAGGGAAAAACAGGAAAUGACAAAGUAGUAGGGGAAGAUAAAGAUAAAGACAAAAAGGGCACCACUGAGAAGGAGAAUGAUAAAGAGAAAGAAGAAGGGGAAAAAAAAGAUAAACCCGAUGACGAUAAAGAAGAAGAAGAAGAAGAAGAAAAAAAAAAAAAAAAGAAAGAAAAAGAAAUAGAAAAUGAAAAUGAAGUGAAAGAUAAGGAGGAAGAUAAGGAGAAAUUGAAGAAAAAUUCGAAGGAGAAACAGAAUGAGAAGGGUGCUCAGGAUGCUGUGCAUGACAAAGGCAAAGCGACAGAUGAGAAGAUUAAGAUAGAUAAGGAGGAGGAGGAGGAAAAAUCAUCAAAGGAAAUUUUAAAAGAUGAAGAGAAGAAAAAAAAGGAAGAAAAUAUCAAGCGAGAAAGCUAA